AUGUCCGCGACAAUUUGCCAAGUGUUGGGCUUUUUUGUCUCAGCCCUGGGUUUUGCCGGCUGUAUUGCAGCCACAGGGAUGGACAUGUGGAGUACCCAGGACUUAUAUGACAAUCCAGUAACGGCUGUAUUCCAGUAUCAGGGCCUCUGGAGGAGCUGUGUCAGUCAGAGUUCGGGUCUUACAGAAUGCCGGCCUUAUUUCACAAUUCUUGGGCUUCCAGCAAUGUUUCAGGCUGUGAGAGCUCUGAUGAUUGUGGGCAUCGUGCUGGGUGCUUUUGGCCUCCUGGUGGCUAUUUUUUCCCUGAAGUGUUUACGGAUUGGCAACAUGGAAGACUCUGCAAAAGCAAAUAUGACUCUUACUGCCGGAAUCAUGUGUAUUGUAGCUGGUCUCUGUGCUAUCUGUGGGGUAUCUGUUUUUGCCAACAUGCUUGUUUCAAACUUUUGGAUGUCAACAGCUAAUAUGUACCAACCAGGAAUGAUGCAGACUCUUCAGACGAGAUAUACAUUUGGUUCUGCCCUGUUUGUGGGAUGGGUUGCUGGGGGUUUGGCCUUGGUUGGAGGCAUCAUGAUGUGCAUUGCCUGCAGAGGACUGGUACCAGAAGAGACCCAUUACAAAGCCGUGUCCUACAAGAGUGCUGGAUAUAAGUCUGGAACUGGAUAUGAAACUAAGAAGAUCCCAGUAACUGACAAUAAUACUGUCAAAAGUGAUGAGGGGAGACGCUCCUAUCCUUCAAAAUAUGACUAUGUAUAAUCCCUUCAGGAUGUAAUACUACACUCUCCUUACUAAACCUCUAGUUUUAGACCAAAGCAACAGCAAAGUACUAACUUAAGGCCUUUCUCAAGGCUGUUCCUUUAUUUUCUUUAGUUUGGUCUGGCAAUGCU